GCUGCCCCAGCCUUGUGACUCUCCAGGCCUUCCGGGGAGGCUGGAUGCAAAACAAGGGGGAGAUGUAAAUCCAAAUGGAGCAGUUGGGAAUCAGAGGCCAGAUAGAGCUGCUAAAACAGCAACAGCCUUGGGGGAAGCUGAUCCGGUUAGGAGCUGGAGAAGCUGAGCCGCAUGUCUUGCUGCUGAAGAAAGAGUGGACGAUUGGAAGGAAAAAAGGUUGUGACUUAUCCUUUCCUGGCAACAAACUGGUGUCCGGGGAUCACUGCAAAAUAACUGUGGAUGAAGAAUCUGGCCAAGUGUUACUGGAGGAUACCAGCACAAAUGGAACAGUGAUUAACAAACAGAAGGUGGUGAAGAAGCAGAGCUGUCUUCUACAGAACGGAGAUGUGAUCUAUGUUGUUUACAGGAAAAAUGAGCCAGAAAACAACGUUGCUUAUCUCUACAAAUCCUUGAGCCCAGAAGAGGACCCAGCUAAUGAGCCAGUAGAAGCCAACAUUGAAAGCACGUGCCAUGCGACCAAAGAUACCUCAAAUACCGGACAAAGCAAUGAUGGGACCUCAACGGCGUCGCCACCGUCAGCUACUCAGCCGCGCUAUGAUGAACCACAGCCAUCCACUUCGACAUCCAACCUCUUUAACUCUGCUUCUACCUCACCCUCUGAGUUCGUGUCUGCUGAGCAGGAUAAUCCCUCAACAUCUGGGUCUUGUGUCUUCGCUCCCGCACCUGUGUUGCCUGCCCUAGAACAGUGUUGUCCAAAAGAAUCUCUUGUGCACAAGCAGCCAAAUGUAAAUGCUGAACCCUCUGAUGUUCCUUCAGAGGUGAAACAGCAAAUAGCAUUGCCGAUGCCUGAGCUUAAAAGCAGGGAUGAAGAGGAAGUCUCCGAGCCUGCUAGGAAGAAAGUAAAAGGAGACGGUGAUGCCACCUCGUACCUCCAGGUGAGUCUCCCCGAUCGACGUGCAAUUAAAACUGGCCCCGAGGACCCAAAGUCAGCCAACGUGAAGCCGGACAAAAUGGAAGAAACGCUCACCUGCAUCAUCUGCCAGGAACUGCUGCAUGACUGCGUCAGUUUGCAACCUUGCAUGCACACCUUCUGUGCCGCUUGCUACUCAGGGUGGAUGGAACGCUCCUCUCUCUGUCCGACGUGCCGCUGUCCGGUGGAGCGCAUUUGUAAAAACCAUAUUCUGAACAACUUGGUGGAAGCGUAUCUCAUCCAGCAUCCAGAUAAGUGCCGCAACGAAGAGGAUGUGCGGAGCAUGGAUGCCCGGAACAAAAUCACUCAAGACAUGCUCCAGCCAAAAGUGAGGAGGUCCUUUUCAGACGAAGAAGGAAGUUCUGAAGAUCUCUUGGAACUCUCGGAUGUCGAUAGUGAAUCCUCAGAUAUUAGCCAGCCCUAUAUCACAUGCAGACAGUGUCCGGGAUCUCGCCGGCCUCCUGCUCAGCCCCUUCUGUCCUCGGGUCAGGAAGGAGAACUGGAGGCAGUGCCGUCAUUGGGGGAUGCACCGUCUACCUCUGCCAACUUUCCAACAGCUGUCCAGGAGUACGUGUGUCCUUCUCAAGGAAGUCACGUGAUCUGUACAUGCUGUUUCCAGCCAAUGCCGGACCGCAGAGCGGAGCGCGAGCAGAAUCCACAUAUCGCCCCUCAGCAAUGUACCGUCUGUCUACAACCCUUUUGUCACUUGUACUGGGGCUGCACUCGAGUGGCGUGUUUCGGCUGCUUGGCACCAUUCUGUGAAAUAAAUCUUGGUGACAAGUGUCUCGAUGGUGUCCUUAACAACAAUCAUUAUGAAUCAGAUAUUUUAAAGGAUUACCUGGCAUCCAGGAAUUUGACAUGGAAAAACAUGUUGAAUGAAAGUCUCCUAGCUCUUCAAAGAGGAGUUUUUGUGUUGUCAGAUUACCGAAUUACUGGAGAAACGGUGCUCUGUUACUGUUGCGGCCUCCGCAGCUUCCGUGAGCUGGCUUAUCAGUACAGGCGGAAUAUUCCUGUUUCUGAAUUGCCAGUGGCUGUGACAUCCCGUCCUGAUUGCUACUGGGGGCGCAACUGCCGGACUCAGGUCAAAGCACACCACGCCAUGAAAUUCAAUCACAUUUGUGAACAGACCCGAUUCAAAAACUGAAGGUGGCUUCGGGGAAACUGAAACGAACCCGGUUCUUUCAACCUGCUAGAAGGGAAAAGAGAGGAAAAGAAGGGGAAAUUAAACUUGAAAAGCUGACUUUGCAGUAAUUGCUCCCUCAUAGCAGGGAGUCAGUAACUUUCUUCCAUCGGGUACUCUGAUGUGGUAUCCUUCAUUUGUAAAGUUUUUCAGGGUAGACCCCCCCCCCCCCGCUUUGUGAAAAAGCAUUGAACAAACCAUUCACUCAUGAUUACAACUGCCCUGGUUCUGUUUCUUCACAUUGUCACAUGACAGCAUCUCUAAAUCAAAGGAUAGUCCCAGCAUUGAGUAAUUAAGGGGGGGGGGUUGGUAGACACCGAGCUUCCCAAUGGUGGGGCACGUGAAAUUGUUGCGACGGAGUGUAGAAGAACUUUGUCCUUCCUUCCCACUCCGGACCUAGCCGGUGUCAUGCAGAACUCUUUUGGCUGUGUCUGCAUGGGUCGUCAUAAGGGGAUUGGUUGCAUGGUAGCCAUCUUCCACCAAUCAGCAUGGCCCGCCCACAAUGGCCAUUGGUAGGUUCUGCAGUUACCAGUGGCAUUGUGAUGAAAGCCGUCCUGCCAUUUUUAGGACAUGCCCUUUUGAGGGUGUCAGUACUUUUUUCCUGUGUCAUGCAGUAGGAGAAACUGGGACCUAUUUUUCCUUUUGUUUUGUUGGGGUUUUUUAAAUGCUCCUCUAGAGUCGUCAUGGCUGCAUGCCUUCC